AUGACUACAGAUGGGAAGGUGUCUGUCGCAUGUCAAGGGAGCUGUCCGUGUAAGAGUUACUCUAACUGCAUCUGUACGAAAGAACAUAAACCUGUGUGUGGAAUUGAUGGCAACACCUAUGGCAACAAAUGUCAAGCCGACUGCAAACAUGUAUUAGUAGCAUGCCAUGGCACAUGCCCGUGUCAUCAUACAUGUCACGACUGCCUUUCUGAAGGAAUGCAACAAGUUUGUGGAACAGACCACUUUACUUAUAUAAAUUCAUGUUUUGCAGAAUGUCAGGGAAAGAAAGUCCAGUGUAAAAGUAAGUGCCCAUGUCCAAAGUCGUGUACCUGUACCAAGGAUUAUAAACCUGUCUGUGGGGAAAAUGGAAAAUCCUAUUUGAAUAGCUGCCUUGCAGGUUGUGCGAACGUUGGAAUAAGCUGCAACCAUAAAUGUCCUUGUGGAUACGACUGUCACAAGUGUUCGUCGGCAGGAAUGCACCCUGUAUGUGCCUCACAUGGAGAAACUUUCAUCAACAAAUGUUUUGCUGCGUGUGGACAACAUGGACAAGCAACAAUCCAGUGUGAAGGACCAUGUCCGUGCAAGCUGUAAAUUAAACAAACAUAACAA